CCUGGCGCCGCCUGACGGAGCGGGAGUGGCUCGCUCCGGGCCGGCCGGCGCCGGGGAUGAGGCUGCCCGGACGGGUCUAGGGGCGCGCGAGGGGCCGAGCAUCCCACUCAGCUCGCCGGCCCCGGCCCCCGCCUCCCCCGCUCCUCCCGCCUGGCCGCCCCGGCCCGCCGUGACCCACGGCCGCCUCCGGAGCCCGACGCGGACUUCCAAUAGUAGUCAGACAUUAUCAUCCUGUCAUACUAUGGAGCCAUGUACAUCAGAUGAAUUUUUCCAAGCCCUUAAUCAUGCCGAGCAAACAUUUAAAAAAAUGGAAAACUAUUUGAGACAUAAACAGUUGUGCGAUGUAAUUUUAGUCGCUGGUGAUCGCAGAAUUCCAGCUCACAGAUUGGUGCUCUCCUCUGUCUCAGACUAUUUUGCUGCCAUGUUUACUAAUGAUGUCAGAGAGGCAAGACAAGAAGAAAUAAAAAUGGAAGGUGUAGAACCAAAUUCAUUGUGGUCCUUGAUCCAGUAUGCUUAUACAGGCCGCCUUGAAUUAAAAGAAGAUAAUAUUGAGUGCCUGUUAUCUACAGCUUGCCUUCUUCAGCUUUCACAGGUUGUAGAAGCAUGCUGUAAGUUUUUAAUGAAACAGCUUCAUCCAUCCAACUGUCUUGGAAUUCGUUCUUUUGCUGAUGCCCAAGGUUGUACAGAUUUGCAUAAAGUGGCUCACAAUUAUACUAUGGAUCAUUUCAUGGAAGUAAUCAGAAACCAGGAAUUUGUAUUAUUACCAGCCAGUGAAAUUGCAAAGCUCUUGGCUAGUGAUGACAUGAACAUUCCUAAUGAGGAGACAAUAUUGAAUGCACUUCUUACUUGGGUCCGUCAUGAUUUGGAACAGAGACGGAAAGAUCUAAGUAAACUUUUGGCUUAUAUUAGGCUACCUCUUCUUGCACCACAGUUCCUGGCAGACAUGGAAAAUAAUGCACUUUUUCGGGAUGAUAUAGAAUGUCAGAAACUCAUUAUGGAAGCAAUGAAGUACCAUUUAUUACCAGAGAGACGACCCAUGUUACAAAGUCCUCGGACAAAACCUAGGAAGUCAACUGUUGGUACAUUAUUUGCAGUUGGGGGAAUGGAUUCAACAAAAGGAGCAACAAGCAUUGAAAAGUAUGAUCUCCGUACAAAUAUGUGGACUCCAGUAGCAAAUAUGAAUGGGAGGAGGCUACAGUUCGGUGUUGCAGUGCUAGAUGACAAACUGUAUGUGGUUGGAGGAAGAGAUGGACUGAAGACUUUGAAUACUGUAGAGUGCUACAACCCCAAAACAAAAACUUGGAGUGUGAUGCCACCUAUGUCCACACAUAGACAUGGCCUUGGUGUGGCUGUACUGGAAGGUCCCAUGUAUGCCGUAGGAGGACAUGAUGGCUGGAGCUAUCUGAACACAGUGGAAAGAUGGGACCCUCAGGCUCGCCAGUGGAAUUUUGUUGCCACUAUGUCUACCCCUAGGAGUACAGUAGGUGUGGCAGUACUAAGUGGAAAACUUUAUGCAGUUGGUGGUCGUGAUGGAAGUUCUUGUCUCAAAUCAGUAGAAUGUUUUGAUCCUCAUACUACUAAGUGGACACUGUGUGCACAGAUGUCAAAAAGGAGAGGUGGCGUAGGAGUGACGACCUGGAAUGGACUGCUGUAUGCUAUAGGGGGGCACGAUGCUCCCGCAUCCAACUUGACUUCCAGACUCUCAGACUGUGUGGAAAGAUAUGAUCCCAAAACAGACAUGUGGACUGCAGUAGCAUCCAUGAGCAUCAGCAGAGAUGCAGUCGGGGUCUGUUUACUUGGUGAUAAGUUAUAUGCUGUUGGGGGGUAUGAUGGACAGGCAUACCUUAAUACCGUGGAGGCUUAUGAUCCCCAGACAAAUGAGUGGACCCAGGUUGCUCCACUGUGCCUAGGAAGAGCUGGAACUUGUGUUGUGACUGUAAAAUUAUAAUUUAAUGCCCUGUUUUCUACAUGAAGACACCGUCUUCCUUUAUUAAUUUAGUAUAAUUAUUCUAUCAAUGGAUACAUUUUUAGUAAAUGUGCAUUGUCACAAUCCUGGGCACAAAGUGCCUGAUGUCAAAGUGAAGAUAGUAAAACAAGGGAGGAAGCAGUGGAUGGACCAGGAUUAAUUCCUUUCAUUUCUUAGUAAAUUAAAACCUGCAGCUGGUGGAUUGUGGACACACAUUCCCGAUGUAAUAAGUGAGGACGAAUGCACUGCUCUGGAACAUAACCCAGUGCUAACUGGGGGUUUCAUUUAUUCAGUCAAGCACAUCUUACUCACAUCCAGGUUUAUUUUCCUACAGUGCAAACACACCAGAUGAAACUUUAAAAUGUUACUUUUUGUAAGCUUAUCAUAAAUGAGUUGCAGUAAUUUGUUUGCUUGUUUGUUUAACCACAACCACUAUUUUAAUGAUAUACUAAAGAUAACACUAUUUAGUUUUUUCAGAAACAUCUGCAUUAUAUGUGUGUUGGUUGUGGAUUUUGUUUCUAAAAUUGGCUUAGUCCAAUAAAUAAAGAAAAGCAUUAAGGACUUAAAGCAACAAUAACCAAAUAAAAACUUGAUAGGAUCUUUGAAGUCUAUUUAAAUAUUCAUUCCAUUACAUCUAGACUCACCAAGAACUACAUGUUAUGAUGUUAAGUUGAAGUUGAAACAUGAUGUUUUGCAUUAAAUUUAAGAUAUGCAAAUUUAUGUAGAGAAAAUAAAUGUUAUAUACC